UGAUAGACAAUGAAGUUGAAGCGACACAAGACCAAUCGCAGAUAUAUGGCGGUUUACCAAAAUAUGUUUGGAUUCAGACAACCUUAUCAAGUGUUAAUUGAUGGCAAUUUUUUGCAGAUUGCAAAGCAAACUAAAAAAGACUUGGAUACUGCUUUGCCAACACUACUCAAUGGCCAGGUGCGAAUGAUGACAACGUAUUGCUGCUAUGCAGAACUUCGUAAACUUGGAGGUGAGCUUAGACCUACUGCAGCUAUGGCAAAAACAUUUGAAAAGCGUCGAUGCACACAUCAGCCUGCAGUAUCAGCCAAAGAGUGUCUUAAAGAAAUAAUUGGUGAAACCAAUCAGUUCAACUAUGCAGUUGCUACACAAGAUCAGGAGCUAAGAGCAUAUCUAAGAUCCAUUCCAGGAGUGCCGCUUAUCUACAUUAAUAAGAGCGUGAUGAUUUUGGAACCCAUAUCGAUUGCAACAUUGAAAAAAGUUGACGAGAUAGAAGUGAGUAAAACACUGCCAAAAUCCAACGAGAUUGCUAUUUCAAAGGAAGAGCAAGAUCAGAUCUUGCAAGUUCCUGUUAAAAAACGAAAGCGAGCAAGUGAGCCCAACCCACUUUCUGUGAAACGUAAAAAACCAGUAAAUCCAGCUCAGAAAACGUUAAAAUCCGACAAAAAACCUUUAAUCAAAACAACCCAAGAUGGAGCAAACACUGAGCUGAUUGCACAAUCAUCGGAAUGUAUGCCUUUGGAUCAGUCCAACAAAGAUUGCGAUACUUUAGAUGAAUUUUGUAAAGACUCUGCUGAAAAGGAACCCCUAACAAACACCACAGACACUAUACAAAAGCCUGCACGCAAGCGUCGUCGUAGACGAAAGCCCAAUAGUGCAGCAGAAGGAAUAGCGGGUGAGUCCGAUAAAGCCGAAGAUAAAAGCGACUGUCUUGAAUAAACUUGUGUUGAUUGG